AUUCUGAUAAACCGAUAGCUGACAUUAAUACUUCAACACACAGAGAGAACACAGAGCGCCUCAUAUUUAAUCUAAUAUAACCUGCACAUGUGCAGCAGAUAGUAAUAUAAAAUGAAUCUGUGAGACAGUGUGGUGAAGUUUUCCGCGGUGAGCUCCCCCUCCUGUUCCCCUCAGCAACAGCAGAAGCAGUGGUGGAAGUAGUGGUGGUAGUGGUGGCGGUGUGAGGGCUGGAUCACGCCGGGCUCAGGGAGCAGGAGAGCGGACUCAGAGCAGCACAGUUAGCGGUCUGGUUCAGGUGUGUCUGUGUGUGUUUUCACCGGGCGGAUAAAAACAAGGCUGUUGAAGUUUAGAAGGACCGUGCUGUAAUUAGGACAGCAGGUCAGUCUAGCCAGCUAACCAAACUAUAGUUACAGCAGAGCUGAUUACACCAUUCACCUCAGACCAGGGAGGGAGCCGUCUGUGGCGAGAUGGCUAUGGUAUGUCUGACUGACUUUGAGGAGUAUGCCAAACAGCAUCUCUCCAAAGCUACCUGGGACUACUACGCAGCUGGAGCAGAUGAGUGCUGUACUAGAGAUGACAAUCUACUGGCGUACAAGAGGAUUCGCCUGAGGCCACGGAUCUUGCGGGACGUGUCCGUGAGUGACACUCGAACUACUGUGCUGGGCACAGAGAUCAGUUUCCCUGUGGGUAUUGCACCCACAGCUUUCCACUGCCUUGCCUGGCAUGAGGGAGAACUGGCCACUGCCAGAGCCACAGAGGCACUGAACACCUGCUAUAUUGCCAGCACCUACUCUACCUGCUCAGUAGAGGAGAUUAGUGCUGCAGCACCCAGUGGUUACCGCUGGUUCCAGCUGUAUGUAUAUCGUGACCGGAAACUGUCGGAGCAGAUAGUACACAGAGUGGAAUCACUAGGCUACAAGGCCUUGGUGCUCACGGUGGAUGUGCCGUACACAGGCAAACGCCGGGAUGACAUUCGCAACCAGUUUAAGCUCCCCCCGCACCUGAAAGUGAAGAACUUUGAUGGUAUCUUUCAGGAAAAUGCCGGUCCUGAAGAGUACGGAAUUCCUGCAAACACUCUGGAUCCAUCAAUCAGUUGGAAAGAUGUGACUUGGCUGCAGUCUCUCACCCGCCUGCCCAUCAUUAUUAAAGGAAUUCUGACUAAAGAGGAUGCAGAGCUGGCUGUUCAGCAUGGAGUCCAGGGGAUCAUUGUGUCCAAUCACGGUGGAAGACAACUAGAUGGAGGACCAGCAACGAUAGACUGUCUGUCUGAGAUAGCAGACACAGUGCAAGGCCGGAUUGAGGUGUACAUGGACGGUGGGAUACGCACAGGCAGUGACGUGCUGAAGGCCUUGGCUCUGGGAGCUAGAUGUGUGUUUAUCGGAAGACCAGCAAUCUGGGGCCUUGCUUACAAGGGUGAGGAAGGAGUGAGAGAAAUCCUCCAAAUUCUAAAUGAUGAAUUUCGUUUAUCCAUGGCUUUAUCAGGUUGCAGAAAUGUGUCUGAGAUUAACAGGAACCUCAUCCAGUUAUCUAAACUUUGACCAAAGGAAGAAAAUAGCAAAUAGAGUUGAGCUAAACAUGACAGAAUUGGUUCAGUUACACUAAAAUGUGUUCAUUUCAUGGCAACAGUAUCCCAAACAGAUCAACAUACAGAUCAGAAGAAGAGUGUGGUUAAGAAUGAUUUACUCAAUAUUAAUAUGUGCAAAAACUGCAGAACACUAAAUUUAAUAUUAAUACAUAAUUAGUCCAUGUUUAAUAAUUAUGUGCUUUAAGGGAAACUUGCUGUAUUUAACUGUAUAAAAAUACAGUUAAUGAAAUACAAUAAUGGAGUUUCCUUGCAGACUGCAGAUUAGCAAAUUUGCUAAAUUGCUGUCUUUGAGAGCUAGUAAUUCUUUAUCAAUGAGUGAUAAUGUUUUAAGAAUGAAGCGCUGGUGAGUUUAGCCACAGGAAGGUAUCAAAGUGAAUGACUGGUAAAAAAAAAAAUGGAUUGAGAGUGCAGACAACAAACUGUUGGGCUAAUACACAGGCUUGCAUCUGACUUUUUUUAUAUAUAUAAUUUUUUCUAUCUUAAAUUUUGUGUUUUGUUUUAGAGGGAGAGGGUGAAUGGAAUGGAAAAGGGCUUUAUUGAGAACUUUAUAGAGAGGAGGGUAAAAGGAUGGUUUGUGGGGGACCAGUACAUAUACAUGCUAGUGUGUUGUACGUUAAUUCCCAGAAAUAAAAUGUAAACUAAUUCCAUAUAAUAAA